CCGCAUGUCUAUACUAUAUAGCUAUACAGAGCAAUUUAAAAGUAUAGCAUAGUAUAGACAGGAUAGUAAUGCCACACCUCGUUCCUCAUUCAAUAUGAGGUGUGUCGUGCCGCAACUCCUCUUAGUCGUAUGGGUGUGUUCCGCCCAGGAGCCAGGUCAGUGAAGACAGGAGGGUCUGCUCGAAAGCCUUGUUUCUUGCUCCUUCAGGAUGCCUCUUCGAGGAGAACGUAGAUUACGCAGCGAGUGCAGACAUCGAGGCGGCAAGUAGUGGAUUCCCUUCUCAUCUGCACUGUGCCGACUGGUGCGCAGUCACGGAUCGCUGUGAGUACUGGGUUCACGUGGGUUUUGGAGACGACGGGAUGUGCUUUCUGAAGACUUCCAGAGAGCCAGUGAUGCCCAGGGCAGCAAACCCUGACGAAGGCUUACAGGUGACGGCUGGCAACAAGGCAUGCGGAGAUCCUUCCAGCAUGGUCGCGAAAGGUUCGUAUGCUUGCACAAGAUGGGGGGCUGCCUUGUGAUCGGUCGCUCAUAACACUGCAGAUGCUUUUUGUCUGAUUCUCUGCAGGUUGUAUUUUGGAGGAAAACGCUGACCAUGCCACAGAUUCUGAUACGGUCCUUAGGGCGGCAAUCACUGGCUUCCCUGAGUAUCUCAGUUGCGCCGACUGGUGCGCUGGCACAGAGGGCUGCGAAUAAUGGGCUCACUUGGGUAGUGGAGAGGAUGGUUCGUGCUGGCUCAAGACAGCCAGAGACCCUGCUGUUCAACCUGCGCCGGAUGAGGACGGCAGGAAGUUCACGGCUGGCAACAAAGCAUGCGGGGACCCGGAAAAUAUGUUGAAAAUAGAUGGUCAGGGUAUGCAAGAAGGAGGUGCACAGGAGCGCAUGAUUGCACGGGACGACAGCUCCGACUCAGAUGACAGUGCUGGGUGUUUCUCUCCGAAGACAGCAUCCAAUGCGCCAGUAGUUGACCGUCGGCAGUGGGUGAAUUCGUCUGCCGCAGGCGUUCGUUCGUAGGACAUUCGUGCAAGUUCCUGCUUUGUUUUGAAUUCGGAUCCGGCGGGAAGUAGGCUCCGUUGACAG